AUGAGAUCAGGUAGAUCUCGAGAAAACGUCUCGGUGAAAGCUAAAGCUUCGCCUAAGCCGCUGCCUGGAGACAAAGAGUUUGAGAAUUAUCUGGCUUUGACGGAAUAUGAAGUGUUGCAGGACCCAUAUCGUGGAUUGCAAUCGAGACAACAAUCCCUUGAAACAGGCAUAUCGAUCACAACUCCGUGGAAUGCUUGUGUAUGGGGGACACUGACACCAGAAAAAAACGAGCAUUUGGAUGAAGUAGCAGUCGUUCGCCAUGUGGGCCAUUGCGCGUGCCCAUCAAUGAAAGCCUGGACCAGAAAGUUGCACGAAAGCAACAAGAAACGAGGAAAAGGAAGAAAGAGAGCGAAGCUCUCGUCUCCUAGUCAAUUAGAUGACUUUUAUGCUGUUGGAAUUCGUCCAACGGACAAAUCAUAUCGUUGUCAGUGCGAUUUUAAUCCUCUUUGCCUGGCCUCGGCAGGUGGAGUUAUAAAUGACAUCCUGGUAGAAAGGUCAAAGGAUACAGUCGAAGAAACAAACGGUGGUACCAGUAAAAGCGCACCUGGAAGUGAAGAACCGGGGUCAAUGCAAAUGGGCACAAAAAUACACCGAAAGCCAUUGCACGAGAACUUGAAAGGGGACAACGUUGACAAUAGCAGCAGGCUGUCUGCAACCUCUGUUCUCGAGCUGGUGGAUGACAAUACCAACGGCAAGAAUGAAAACGACGAUGUCUUUACUUUCAUGGAGAUAGAUCCCAACACAAAAAGGAACGCUAUCGGAUUGAAGCCCCUAUGUCAAAAUAGUCGCAACGUAGAAGGAGACCCUGGUCACGUAUUCACAAUGGAAUUGCCGAACAUAGACGAGGACAAGAUUCACUACUCACAACCGACGAAAACAAGAAUUCGUUUGCUUCGCAAAUCGUUUACUUUGGAAGGCAGCAGAAUUGAGCGUUAUAUUUCGGCUUGUUUGAGAGCGUCUGAUUACGAAUUCAAUCAUAGAGAGAACCAAAAUGUUGACAAGUACUUGUCCACUAUUGCUGCUUGGGAACGAACACUUCGCUUUGUAAGCCCAGCAAGACAGUCGAAAGUCGAUAAUCUCUCCGCCCUACUAAAUUUGUCAAUACCUCCUGGAAUCGAAAAUCUCGGAGCCACUUGCUAUCUUAACACACAACUGCAAUGUCUGGCACAGAAUCCAGUCUUCCUGAAUGGAAUUUUUUCUUGGAGACCAGGAAACAGCACACACAGUAUGAACGCUGUCAUAUCAAAGAUGCAGUUACUGCUUGCGAAAAUGGUUGUUGGAGGAGAUUGCAAGUUGUCAACGCUAGAUUUCUCCAAUGCAUUGGGUCUUCAGCACAACGAGCAACAGGACCCAAAUGAGUUUGCGCGACUCUUGUUCGAACGAAUGGAGGAGUCAUUCCAACAGUGCGAUAACGAAGGUGAUCUGAAAAAUCUUCUCCGCCGUAUCUUUCAAGGUACUACAACGUACCAAACAAUUUGCAUGACAUGUGGACAAUCGUCAGAACGAAGUGAAAAUUUCAUGGACUUGAACCUCCCCAUUGUCCGUCAAGAGAAGACUAAGGGCAAUGGCAGAGAAAUGAAAAUAAAAGAUUACUUUGGUGGGAAAAUGGUUGACACGGAUGUCCAGCAUUGCCUUAAUGAUUACCUCUGCGCUGAAGUGUUGGAUGGUGACAAUCAGUAUUUCUGCAGCAAGUGCAGUAGCAAGCAAGACGCAAACAGACUUUUGAAGCUGACUGCGCUACCCCCGGUUUUAAACGUCCAGCUAUCCCGAUACGUUUUUGAUCUUUCGCAAUAUGUCAAGAAGAAGCUCUCAGAUAAGGUUUUGCUCCCAACCACAUUGAGCGUUCCAAAACGUGAUGGAUCGGAAGUAUGUUACAAAUUGUGCGCCGUUAUGCGCCAUCAAGGUACCUCUGCAUACGCUGGCCACUACAUCGCCGAGGCCAUGGACUGGGUUACUGGGCAAUGGUUUGAGUUCAACGACGAAGUAGUGAAACACUUGCCAGCAGGACCUUCUAAUAGCUACGACUCUCCAGGGACCAACGAGAUGAGCGAAGUGCAAGUUGCUCCUAUUGGGAGCAAAGACGCUUAUAACAUGUAUUAUGUGGAUGGAAAAUACCUCAAAGAAAAUGCAAUACAAGAAAUCGUGCGACGAGAAAGCCGCUUUACACGCGACCCCAUCGGUAGUACUUCAGAUCAACAAGAUAUCCUUUCAAAAAUUGCGCAGCAAAGAACUGACAAGUAUUCGACUCUAUAUGACAUGUGCCACAAAGAUACUUUACUGGCUGACCGACUUCGUCGCCGUGAAAUUGGAAUUCGAAAAUACAUGUUUCGAGACUCUUCGUCGCUAGCAGUGGUGAGCGUAGAACCUCUGAUAUGGGUUGACGCAGAUACACUGAGAAAAUUCCUGCGCCUUGAUGAUGGCCUUGAUGAACGCAUCCGGUCCGAAGGUCCUAUAUUGUGUCACAAACCGCUUCUUUGCAAGCACACCAAGUUGCACCCUGUCACGUCUAGAAGGGGCAAGAUUCUGCAUCGGUCUACGUUCAACGCAUACGUCUCUUUGCUGAAAGCUGAACAAUCCAGAUUUCGAGAAGAAUCAAAGCUAUGUGGUGAUUGUAACCCAGUUUGUGACGUUGUGAUCUCCUUGUCAAAAAAUCUCAUCUGCGACCAGUGUUCCAAGUCUUAUAGUAGUCUUUUAGCUACUCGACUAAAACUACUCAAGGAUAUCAAGGAGUUGUAUGACUGCCUCGAUCCAAGUUUGGACAACAGAGAUCUGCAAUUCUACAGUGAGGGGGAAGAUUUCGAUUGCUCUGGUGAUGCAUUUGUCUUCGCAGUGUCGAAGCGAAUGGUCACGAGAUAUAGGAAUUCAUUCAAGGGGUUGAUCCACAAAUUCUCGAAGCUAAAUGACGAAACAGCAGGUUCAAAGCUUGCAUCCAAAGAAGAUUCGUAUCUCGAGGGGCUAGAUCGUCUUGAUUUGUCUCUCUUCCAAUGCGAAUAUGACUCCGACUUGACGAAUGCGUCCUCAAAGCGCACGGCGAACGUCACCAUUACAGAGCUCGAUAUGUACUUCAACUCUGAGAUAAUUUGUGAGCACAAAAAGUGCAAUGAAAUGAACGACAGACGAAAUGUUCGCUUUGUUUCUUGGGGAGUGUGGCAAAGACUGAAGGCAGUGUUCCCAGAAGCCAUCGAAUUGAAGAGAGCAAGGGUUCUAAAGGGUGCACAUUUUGAAGACCAUGGAUGUGCAACGUGCCGAGAGGAAAAGACUCGGACUGAAGAGACUAUUUCUGAUUUGAAGAAAUGGGCGAAAGACACUUCUGAGGAUCGGGAAUUGAUGCGCCUGCUGAAAGAAAAUGAUGUAAACUGCUUUCAGACUGACCCUAGCGCCUCCUACCGCCUAGUGCAUCGAAAGGAUCUUAGCCAUUGGCGCAGUGUAGUGAAGAAGGUUUCCGAAGCUCGGCAGUUGUGUUUCAAGAAAUCCCAAGAACUGCUGAAACACUUGUCAAGCAGAAUUUUUCCCAAGCACCGCAACGACAUGUUCCAAUGUAAUCAAUUUCUUGAUGGCAACUUUAGUACAAGCCUUGUGCCCCUCGUCUGCCAGGAACGCAAGCAGGUGAUACACGAUCACAUAUUCCAAAGCCUGGAUUCAAAUUGUGAUAAAGAGGAGGGAACGAGAGCUCUGGCGAUCUGGGUAACUGUACUGCCAGAUCCAACGUAUAGGUCUUUUGUCGCUUCACUCGCCAAGUUACUGCAAAUGCUUCGGCCUUCAUAUUUGAACCAGCACAAUGUUGAAAGAGCGUGUCAAUCCUCUGGUGAUCAAGGUCAUGCAGUCUUCAGCAAUUAUGAGAGAGCUGCAGACGCUUAUCACCCGACCAUUCAGAGCAUUGAGAAGGAGCAGGGUAGUGAAGAUUGCAGUGCUUUCACUGUUGUAUUGGAUGGAGCUUCAAAAUUUUACCGAGUCUCUCCACCUGUUUGCCACGUCGAACAAUCUGCCGAUAGGAUGCUGCCAUUUCUUGCAGUGGAUUACGAAUUUCAGGAGGCAUGCAUUAAUCACAUCACAGCUAACAAUAUUCCAACAACGAAAAGCAAACGCUCGGCAGUUUGUGUAGAUGGAACGAACCCACAAGAACCCAUACUGGUAGAAUCGGACGUUGAGUGUGCGCCGACUUUGCCGAAACAGUAUAAACUUCGUGUUUUCAACUUGGCGGACACGGGUAGUAUUGGUGAAGCAAUAAACUGCCUUGAAAACAGAUCCACUGUUUUGGCCGUUGAAGAGGAGAAAGGAUUGUUUGGGUUUGUUCGGCGGUCAACUCGAAAGAAGAAGUCGCAAUACCCUCUUGGGUGUUUGAUCAACGAAAUGGAAACAAAAGUUGACACGCAUCUCAAUGUUGCUGCCCUCAAGCUCUUGCUAUUUGAGCGGUGUCAGGUCAGUAUUACAGGACGAAAGCUAACAUUGGCUGUAUUUUGGAAAGGAAAUCAUCAGGGACAACUAGAUAUUAGAUCGGAAUGGAUCGAGAAGCCAGUCAGUGAUUUAGUCAAAGACAUACAGGCACAAAGCAAGGAAGAAUUCCGGAGCGAGACAUUAUAUGAUCCAUCUACUGAAUUGUAUGUAUUUCACCAACGCGACAAUACUGGAUCUAGCCAAGGCUUGGACGAAAGUGUUAUGGACUCCCUGCUUCAAACUGCAAUCUACCACAAAACGGAAGGUACAAAAACAUCCAAUGGCAAGAACCGGAAAAGAAAGCAAUCCGCCGAGCGGGGAUUUCAAGGAACAUUGCUCCACUCUGGACCAUCCGUACAAAAGACAAAUAGCGAUUCAUCUGACGACGGGCAAAGAAUCAGCAAACCAAUGGAUGCUGCUCUCAGAAAAGACCGUGCAACAAACAUUCCCAGUGUGGAGGGACUGGCAGCCCUAGAGAAGCCAGCCUCUUGUUUGUCUGAAAGUGACGACGACAUUCCCAAAGCUUCCCCUUUUGCUUCUAGACAGACGACAAAGGUGAAGCUGGCGGAAAAUUCAAAUGAUGAUAAGCACGACGACUUCCACCAUGAUAUAGUCUAUGUUGAGAGUACACAAGAGUUCCCCAUUGAUACCAAAGAUCCUGACAAAAGAAUCGACUUCAUUGUUGAAGGACCCAGCAACAAUUGUAUCUUGCACGACAGUGUUGUGAGCCAAGUACUUAGUAUUCUGGGUGAAUCUGCAGAUCAAUCAACAUGCUGGGAUGCUGUUGAAUGGGCAAUAAAGACGCACCCAGACGAGAGGAAUCAGGAGUCCCUCGUUGCAACUGUUGUGAAUAAGGUUCUGGAAUCGUACGAUUAG